AUGCGGUUUCGAGCGAAGAUUGUGGACAUCAAUUGCAUCCAACAUUUCACGCGUAAGUAGUUUGACUUUUUCUUUAAUGUUUAUCCGGGUAAAAGUAACUUCGGGAGUACAAAUCAGUAAGCUAACUGCGUAAGACUUAGAUUUUCUACUCUCGCAAAUCCCCAUAAAAACGUAAAGUAUAGCAUUAAUAAGGAAUGUUUUUUCUGCUAAUAAUGCAUCAAAAUGCAUGAGAUUUCCGAAUGUCAGAUAUUAUUUGAACUGUGGGACCGGAUGAAGAAAUGAAAGCAGGGAAGAUUGUCGCUCUAGUUAGGGGGUCAUCGACAUAAUUAUUCACCUUUUCCCCGCUUAACCCCCAUCCCACCCACCCCUUCUUAACAUCCACUUGACACUUUGCUGUCCAAAAAGUCACUGCAUUCCAGAAGGAAUAUUGACAUGCACUUACGUGAACAUGUCAACAGUGUCAACACAAUUUAUUGCUCAAAUUGUUUGAUGGAUUUCCUGUGACACUUGUAAGACGUGGUAUCAUUAAUUGCGUACCAUCUACGCACAACUUGCCAAGUGAGGAAGAAUUCGAGGAAAUUAGCUGAGUUUGCCACUUGUGUAAUCAAGAUAGACUUUUGCGCAUUGUAAAAGUUAUCGACUUUAUACCUUAUUCAGAAAUUACUUAAAUUAAUGCAGAGAAGAUCAUCACAGUUAAUUAUGCAACUUAUGCAGCUGCGAAAAGAAAGCUUGAAUAGGGUAACUUCCAUAACCAAUCUGUUGUCUAAACAAUGGCUUUAGAAUAGUCCAUCCAAAAAGGGCCAACCUUUAAACCUUUUAAAAUCAUCACCUGGUUAGCUCAGUUGGGAGAGUGCCGGUCUUCUGAGUGGGAGGUCACGGGUUCAAACCCUAGCUGGACAAACACUCAGGGUCCUUAAAUAACCGAGAAGAAAGUGUUGCCUUUGUAAUGACAACUUCAAAUGGUUAGACGUUCUAGUCUUCUCAGAUAAGGAUGAAAAACCAUAGGUCCCAUCUCACAGCACUUUCACUGUUCUGUUCUUGUGGGACGUAAAAGAACCCACAUUACUGUUCGAAAAGAGUAGGGGAGGUUGACCUUGGUGGUGUGGCCAACCUUCACGCGUUGCGGGAUUGGGAAGGGAUGGCACCUUGCAUGGGAUCUUUGAGUCUCGUUCAUGCCCAUUCCCUCUGGGCAGGUCUGUGUCCAGGAAAGCUGGUAAAAAAAACCUUGAAAGUUACAACUACUGUAUUGGACUUGUCCUAAAACUAUACAAUCUUGGAGGCCCUGUUUGGAUAAAAUUCCAACAAGUGACAAGGCCUUGAAACAGCAACAUAAAACCAGAUUAAAUGGCGGCAAAUGACAUAAAGAUGGGUAAAACACCAUCAGUUAGAUAUCUUACUUCUCAAAAUGCCACAUGAUCGUAUUCGAAAUUUGGUCUAAUAGGACCUCAAAAUGCUACUUGGAAUGUUGCUUUAAAAUUAUUUCUGUCAGCAGCAAUUGUUUGUAUUCAUGCAACACAUGUAACCAUUUGAAGACUUCAAUUUUGAACUUUGUAUGGACUGUUGUUCUGAAGCUUUUUAUCUCAAAGCUUCAGUCUUGACGAGAAUUUUUUGAAACUAUUAGUUUUUGCGCAGAGCUGAAAGAAAAAGAAAAGUCACUGUGAAACUUUAAAUGGAAAAGAUUAUUUAAAAAUAUGUUUGAAAUUAAACAUCAUUCACUGUACAUCAAAAAUAUGCAAAAAUAAUGUAAUAUUUGGUUUUCCCUACUUUGGUCUAGUACACAUUAUUUAGCCUUCUAUACUGCUUUUUAUAAGCUAGGCAGGGUGAUUGAGGCCUGAUGAAGUGGAUUUUGUAAAGGGAAUCUAGGGUGGGGGUAGGGAGCAGGUAGAAAACUCCAACUAGAUCAAGGGAAAACAAUGCCUUUUUGUGUAAUAAUUUCUGGUAAGUAUGUAAAUUUGGUGCUUGAGGAGUUUCUACCUGCCUUGAAUUGGAGGACUUAAGAAGGAAUCCAUCAGAAAAUUGAGUAACUUCAAUUUUCAGUCGACAAAAACCUUGUACCAGAAUAAUUUAAACAAUAUUGCAUUCUUUUUUACAUUAUCCUCUUGAAUACGUAUUGAUAUAUUGUUAAGACAAAAAUCACAUGUCUCUUGUAGGAUUUACCCUGCAUUGUAAAAUGCAACCUUUAUUUGUUUUGUUUUGUUUUCAUCUCAUUUCACACCAUGUAUUUUUAUAGUUAUCAUCUGGAGAGUGAAAAAGUGCUCUUUCAAACUUUGUGAUCACACAUGCAUAGUAUUCUUUAUCUACACAAAGGCAAAGAACUCAGAACUUAGUAAAAUUACUCCCAAAAAUGUAGAUUGCUAGAACAUAUGUUCAUCUGCGUUAUUGAACAAGCAGGAGGUCAAGAUGGCUGGAUAUCGGUCAAGUCCUUUUUUGUGCUUUUACGGACCAGGUUGAAGUCGAGGUCGAUAAAAGGGCAAAAAAUAUCAAGGUUAAUAUCCAGUCAAAUUGACUGAACAAACUUGGUCAAAUAAAGGAUCUGUUAGAUGGCCAAAAAGAUAACUUUGUUUUGCAAGACCAAUGCAGGAAAUCUUGAGCGGGCAAGAUGGGCCUUGGGUAGCCAAUCAGAUUAAAGGAUUUACUUCAUCUUGCCUGCUCGCGGAUUCAGAGGUAUCAGUUAGCAUUGUGCAAUCAACUAGGUACAUUUUUUUACCUUAAAUGUUUAAUGACUUGACUGUUGAAGACAGACUGAAGAAGUUUAUGUAUGAGGUCACUAUACUAGCAAUAUGAGAGCGUGGUCUUAAGCUCUGGUGAUAAAAGAAUAAUGUGAAAGUGGAAACUUUACAUUUGUUCAAAGAUGGAUGAAUGCUGACCUUGUCAUUGAAAUCAGAGGAUUAUUAUUUUGCUGUAUGCAUUGAACAAGGUCUAUUAACAUUAUCGUAUCACAAGUAUUUAUUUUUGGUGCUACAGGGGUGCUAGGAACCAUAUCCCGCAUGGCAAAGAUGUGUGCCCUACGACUGACACCAACAAAGCUGUACUUUAUUCUGACUGAUAACGCUGCUGUUGGAGGAGUGUCAAUCUGGUGUGAAUUAACACAGGUUAAUAGCUAUUGAUAAACUCUGUAUGUCAUUUUGUGAGUUACAAGGAUUUAUCUGAUCCCGUCCAACUUUGCUUGCUAAACUUUGUGAAAUUGGGAGGUCCAACCCCCUACCCUUAGGCUUAUACUUAUAUACCAUAUUUGCGAGAAAAGGUACCCCUUUUUGUACACCUUUCCACUCAUUUUGUUACAGAUAGUCAUAGUGAGUCGUGGGACUCAUCUUGUGAAAAAUCAUGAGUCCCAGUCCAGAAACAUUGAGUCCCAGUUCAAAAAACAUUGAGUCCCCGGCCUUUUGUAACCACAUGUAGUUAAUCUGAAGACAGACUCCUAUAACUCGGUAUUGCAGUUUACUACUUAAAAGUAAAAAUAUACUCUUUCUAUUGUAAAGCUCAACAAAGACCAAAAGAAAUACAGACUGUAAGCAUUGUUUAGCAACGGCCACAAGAACAACCACAGAAAUCACACAAACAGGAUCAAUCUUUGCGUCCUAUGGGAAGCAUAGGUACCACAAGUAGAAUUUUAGUUUUCUGUCAAAUGUGUGGACUACAUUUAGAUCCUGUUGAUAUUGACAGGGAUUUAAAGGACUUGCAUCCCAUUCAUAUUGAUGUUGAACCCUUCCACCCACACUACCCACAAUAAUUUCUGCAUUCUACUCAGUAUUUUACCCCUUUAAUCCUCAGUUGACUUAUCCACAUUUAAAAUCUUAAGACUGAUCUCCACACAGUACCUUGAGGAACUAGUGGAGAGAAUGUGCAGGGUUGUCAGAAAGUUUUGAAGUAGACGACUGAGUUGUUUAAGCAACCAGUUGAGGGAUAUUUUAUUUAAUAAAUGCCAUCUGUAAAAAAAUGCCACACAGAGUAGCCGGCCAAUACUAAGCAAGUAGGCGGCGAUUUUCGCUGGCAGCCGGCUACUUUGACAACCCUGGAAUGUGAUAAAAGAUCAGAGCAUUUUUGAACUUUUCCUCUUGAUAAUGUAUUCAUAUUGUUAAGGUCGACAAAGUUAAUGCUGGUCACCCUAAGGACUUCAAGGGUUAAGCUCUGCAGAGGCCUCCUUUUGUCGUAGGGAGGCUAUUUUUCUAUUGGUAUAUCCAGUGGAAGCCUUUGCAGAGGAGAGAGGUUAAGUACCUAAAAGUUGGGCUUGCCAGGUUGAAAUGCAGAUCUACACCAGUACCGCUUUGAAGUCUUGUUCUCAACAAAUUGAGCUACCCAGUCUGCAUAGUUUGUAUGUAAAUGAAACAUGCAUUUUUGGUAGUUCUUUUGCAUAUUAACGUACAUAUUAAUGUACAAUUGUAUUGGGGAACAGAAUGCAAAAUGCACUGUCACUCAGUUAAUAAAGUUCAGACUGUUUCUGCUCAGCAGCAUGGUUCCCUGUUGUGUUUGACAAUGUGCUUAAUAUGUAAAUGAUUUUCAAGACUGUUCUUCAUUUGUUUUUUAUUUCAGAGUAAUUUCUUUGAUGAGUACCGCAUUGAAGGGAAAGAUGAAACCAACAACAUAUAUCUUGAGUUGAUGCCAGAAAAUCUCACAAGAGCGAUGAAAUCAGCUGCCAGUGCACAAGCAGUGAAAAUAAAGCUGGCAAAGAAACAUACCCCAUGCCUGACAUUUGAGAUUACUUUGGUAAGCUCCAUGAUACAUUGACAACUUGUAGUGUAUGACCAUCGUUCCAACAACAAAUUUUGUUACAAACUCAAAUGUUAGAUUCCAAGACAAAGAACUCAUUUUCAUUGUGACUGAUGUAUACAUUACAGGUCAAAACUAAAUUCAGGUUAGAAUUUUUUAACCUAGGUUGAUUCUCAUUUUCCUUUUUCUCCUAGCCCUAAUUCCUGAAUAAUCAGGGUUAGGAGAUAAAGGAAAUUGAGAAUCAACCUAGGAUAAAAGAUUUUGACCUGGAAUGUAAUUUUUACCUGUAUCCUACAUGUAUACAUAAUGAGUGGGUUCUGUGCAAUAAGACCAUUGCAGGUUUGCUGAACAGGUGACCUAUCUCAAGUAACUUUUUAACUUGUUCAGUGCGCAAGGGUCUGGGCAUGUCAUCCUCUAACAAAAUCAUUGACUAAGACAUGCCAGAAGUGGCCCCAACCAAGCAAAAUGUGAUCUAGCUGAUUGCCCAAAGGACAAGCUGGAAUUGAAGGUUUUUUUAGCCCUGUCACAUUUGCCAAAGGUAAAGUGGGAUAUAUGACCUUAAAAAUUAUCAGAGACUGAAAGACUGUAAAGUAAAUCAUGGACCUACCAAUUUUUAGUUUGUAAACUCGUAACAACUUGUUAUGUCAUUGUGGUUUCAAUUAUGUUAUGUGUAUCUGUUGAAAAAGUCACAGGACUGCAGACCCUGCAAUCAAGCAAAGAAACAUUAUAGCUGCAUGAUUACAACAUUUAUGAAAAUAAUUUUAGACAGUCAUCUGAAAAUUGGCUUUCUAACGUGAAUGUGAGCUGUUAUAAAACGUUGCAAUUUGACAGCUAUACAUUCAGUGUACUUGUGCAUACAGUAAGUGGAUGCCAAUAAGGCUGUCAAUAAAAUGCAGGUAGAUUACUUACUGACAACCAUGAAUUUGAGCAAAUACAAAAUGAAAGUGGUCUGAAAAGACUAGUGUAAUUUAAAUCGUUGGAAAGCAGGGGACUACGAAAAGAGUAAGGUCCUUAAAGACUGUUGAUCAUAUUUGAAGUUCUCUUUUUGUUUCACUGGGAAGAAAAAUUUAGUCUUCUAGGAGAAUCUAGCCAAGUCGAAAGCACUCCAUCAUUUGACAGUAGAUAUUUUAACUACCCUCAUGUUUCUGACUGGAUUGUUAUUUUUCAGCCAUCCCUUACCAGUCACACAAGAAGUGUGGUACAUGAUGUACCAGUUGGUGUUAUUCCUCAGCGGAACUGGGAAGAAUAUGAAGAACCAGCCAUGCCUGAUUUUGAUGUGAGUAUUUAGUAUUGCAUUUUUGAGUUGGCUCCAAGACAACUCCAUGAUUAUUUUAGGCUCUCACACAAGAAAUAGUGUUUCUAGGUUUCACCAUUUCCCUUCCCUUAGCCUGCAUGGCAGGUGCAAAAACGGGGAUGGGGAGGAUGGGGAGUGAAAGAAAACCGUGAAUGGGUAAAGGUACUUUCCUUUCCUCCCUCCCCCCUCCGUUGACCCCCCUCCCCUCUCGAGCCCCGCAACACAGGCUACCCUCCCUACAGAGGGCUUGAUUACCUGCCAUUUUUAUCCCUUUGUUUCUUCCUUCAUGCACAGUGUGUGGUCAAAGAAAAAGUGUACACUGGACAAUAAAAUUUUUCUCUGUUAAAUGCUAAGCAAUAAACAGAGCUUCGCAACAGUGCAACCAAAGAGGUUUCAUUUAUUCUUUCUUGUUUUCACUGAUAUGCUUAAUCAGUGUUUGUUGUUAUUCAGGUAAGCAUCUACAUGCCAUCCAUGAAAGUGGUAAAAAAUGUAACUGAGAGAAUGAAGAACCUCAGCAAUUUUCUGGUCAGUGUUUGUAUUUCUUACUGAGUUGUAUCAAUUUAUAACUACUCUUAAUUUAUAGCUGAGCUUUCGCGCGCGAAGCGCGCGUGGCGGAGCCCCAUUGCUAAGAUAACUUGGUAUCCUAUGAAAGCAAGAAAAUUUGGUUAUGACGUAGCUUACGAACGUUGACCGUCCGUACACCCACCUCAUGUAAGCCGAUGCCAAAUGUCAGGUUAUUUUGGCGGGAAAGCGCAUGGCCGCUCGCGUCUUGUGAAGCAACAACUAAAGAGUCAAUGAAGACGAAAAUGGAAAGCGGAAGUUGUUUCUGUAUCCUGUUGUCUAAAUUAUUAAGUUUAGAUUAAUUGUCAUGUCCACAAAUUUGGAAAAUAGAGAAAGAGAAGGACAGAGAAAAAGAGAAAGUAAGGCGACAGGUUAGCGAAGCUCAACGAGAAAAAGAGCUAGAGCGAGACAGAAAAAACAAAGGAGACAUUUUCGUUGGAGGAACAACAUGAAAUUUUGUAGCGGCGGUGACAAAAUGAGAAAUGCUAGCGGCCACCUGGGUGAAAAUGAGCGACAGUGGAAAAAAAAGUGAACAAGAGCACGUACGACAUUUCCUCCAUAAAACGUGUAACCAGGAAGCUUCUGGAAGUUUCACGUUGUAGUCGUGCAAAACAUGGGCAAAGAAAUGUACAAAGAAAGUGUGCUGCACGUACAAAGUUGCUUUUUUGCUAAUUAGACCUAUGUUUGUUUUUUCACCGUUCUCGUUGCCUUCGCCGCUUAGCAUUACACGAUUUUAUAUUUUGUUUGAGCAAACUAUAAAUAUUAUUGGGAGCUUCGCUUUUAGCCUUGGCUAAAUCUAUAUAUUAAUUUAUCCUACUAUUUUCCUUACAUGUACAGCAAUAACCCUACCCUCCAAAUAGAAUUUGCUCAAUUGUUUUUAAACUGUUUUUUAUUGGUAGAUACUCUCCGCCAAUCAGAAUGGUUAUAUGACUCUUGGAAUUGAGACUGACUCGGUAACAGUUAAGACCCAUUUCAAGCAUCUGGACACACCUACUUGGGGUAUGUUGCACAAAAAAACUUGAUCUAUAUGGAGUUGUGUACCUGUAAUUAAUAUUAAGCGUUCACCGUUGGGUAGUCGUGGCUUAUUGCCCGCGUAUUGCAGUUUAACCGUUUAAUACAGGUUUGAUAAAACUAAGAGUUAUCCAAGAAAAUGAAAAUGGUGAAAGAGCGAAAUAUCUAUCUCAUGACAAAUUGACUUCAAAGUAUUUCUGCCUAUGUUUGUGAAACGUAGUGAAGAAAAAGAAAAUUAAACUCCAUACACUGUGCAAGUCAAGACAUAAAAAAUAACUCUUUGAGACCUCGGAAAAGGUGACCGCGACCGCUUAAUACAAAUCAUUUUUACUGUAAUCAAGGGAAAUAAUUCAGGUGUCGGGACUUGGCAAAUGACCGCUUGGUACAGGAUUGAGUGUAGUAUUUAUCUAAUUGUCUCGGAUAAUAACUACCACACAGGCUGUCCGAACGUCACUCACCUUCCUUCAGAAAUGACCGUUUUUUGCCAGAGGGGAUAAAGUCGUCUUGUAUAAAAACGGUACAGACAGUCUACACGUAUUCGUUUUGCUCAAAAACGGAGAUUUUUUUCUCCGGUUUGGCCUUCCGUCCACACGUAUCCAUUGAAAACGGUCACCGAAAGCGUAUCUUUUAGAGAGAGAAAAGUUUUGAAAACGCCGUUUUGCUGUACUCAUGUGGAUGGGUGAAAACAAAGGUUUUGUGAAAACGAUUACAUCUACGUCACGCUGUUGGAGACCAGUAAAUGUGCAUGCUCCGAUCAAAGAUUGUACCGAACCGUUUUUCAUUCACUAUUGCGUUUUCGUGUGGACGAGCGAAAAUGAUAAAAAAAAAAGAACGCAAGGUGUGGACGCGGAGUUUUGGAAGGCGGAAAAAAGUGUCAGUUUUCAAGCAACUACGGACUAUUAUACGGAUACUUUAUAUUCAAACAAAUGGAAAAAAAACGGUGUAAUAAGAAGCUAGAAGUUGCUGCUGUAUUUUACAUUUUGUGUAUAUUUGGUGGGGAAAAUUUUACUUUAAAUUAACGUAUUAUACGUUGCUGGGAAACUGCCCACCUACCCCUCCCCUAUGCCAACAUUAACACUUACUUCUCACUUAGUUUAGGGCAACAUUUUGGCUCAGGGGAGGGGUAGGUGGGCAGUUUCCCCGGAAACGUAUAACGUGCGUAUAAUGAUCCAAAUGUAUUACGAAAAAGUCAGGGAAUAUGUUAAAACUGAUACCUUUGGCACCCAUGGAAUAAAAGUCUUAAGGGGCCUGCCAUAGUUGGCCCGGCCAGACCAGUUCCCAAGUUCUCAGAAAGAAUUCCACUAUUAAGAUAGAUCAGCCAGAUCAAACUCUUCGUAAAUCAGACGCAAAGCAGUAAAAGAACUUCAACUCUCUAAAAUGCCCAUUUCGUUGGCAAAAUAAAGGUCCAAUCAGCCAGUUCUGACUUUUACUAGGCGCUCUUAAUAAAACUGACGGGCAACAAAAACGUUCAACUUGUUUUGCAACUUUCCUGAAAAACGAGUUGAAAAGCGAUGUUGCGCGUUUUACCACGCAUGUUCAAACUGUAAAUUGUAAAUAUCUUAUUAUCCACUCCCCUCAGGGCCUUUCAGGUAUAACUUACAACACUGGUUGGGGGACUUUGCCAGACUGCUUCAGGUGCAGUUUACAUGUUACGAAGGAAUGAGUAAUGAUGCCCCCAUACAUGAGUGUGAAAGUGAGAUAGACCACUACACCAGGCACUACGUGCCCUACUCUUUACGAAGAGUGUGUGGGUUCUUUAACGUCCCACAGAUUUAUUACAUGUGCAAGGGCUUGUGAGACGAGGCCUACGGUUUAUCGUCCUUAUCCGAGAAGAAACCUGUUAACAACCUGAUUUGUUGCGAGACAGGUUUAAUGUGGAUGGUUAAACGCGCAACAUCGUUGUUCAACUCCAUUUUGCAGCAAUGUUGAAAAACAAGUUGCAUGUUCUUUGUUGCCCGUUUUACUGUACCUUGGUGGAGGUAAGUUUAUUUGCCAGUGAUUUUGAAAAUCUGCUUAUUGUUUAUUUGAAUUUGUAGAAGGCGAUUCUUCGCAAAACCACAACCGUGAUCCUGACAAGAUGGUAGAGGCUAGAGUCGAUAUAAAAAAGUUGGCGACUUUUCUUCACGGGCAGCAAGUUAACCCAAGUAAAGUCAUAUGCAGUAAGUAUAUAAUAUUUUUUCUACCGUUGAAUGCCGUGGUUUACAACUCGAACUUCCAAUCUGUACGUUUCUACCAUUACAGUGACGGUACCUGCUCGAAUGUGUAGGGUCCUAGCUUAAGGGCGAAUUUCCAUUUUCGCGUAAAAUUUACGUACGUAAAUAAAAUUGAGGCAAUGUAUGAAAGGUCGCGCGCAAACGUUAAAGCUGAGCGAGGUUCAUCUUUUACGUUUGCGAGCGACUCUUCAUACAUUGCCCCAUUUUUACGAGCGUACGUACGUAAAAAUUACUGUGGAAAUUCACCUUUGCCGUCAAGCCAGCUUCGGCCAAGUCUUGCUGUCACGCUACUUCGGAACCUUGCUGUCACGUAACGUCGUUCCCAGGUCCUAAUAGGUUGAUAUUUAUCUGCGCUUAUAAUAUUUUAUGAGGAACGUCACAUCUUUAUCACUCCUUUGGUUUUCACCCCACUCUGCAUUAACGAGCCUAUUACAAGGUGCAAUUAGAAGACGUCAUUCAGCCAGCUAGAAAAUCUGACAGUGAAAAUUUAAACUUUGUCUCUGUUGUUAUUUUUUUCUUAGAUAUCGUCCAUGGGAAAGCUGUUCAGUUCCUUUUGCUUCAUGAAGACCUUUCCCUUCAAUAUCUCAUUCCAGCUGUUUCUCUUUGA